AAAAAAAGAUACGAGACGUAACUUUCGAUUCACCCCUCCGCGACUGCUGUCAUUCGGUGUUUUGUUUUGGCGGUAAAUUUGCGCUGCUGUCGGCCCAGUUGGCUUGUUCGCUAUCCACACUUGUUUGCAAUAAAUUUCCUUGUAAUUUCGUGUCUGUUUAAAAACCCAUAAACACUGCCAUGGGAAUUAAAGGACUCUCCCAGUUGAUAGCCGAUCUGGCUCCAUUCGCUGUAAAAGAGGGAGAAAUCAAGAACUUUUUUGGACGAAAAGUUGCCAUCGAUGCGUCUAUGUGUUUGUACCAGUUUUUGAUUGCAGUCCGCGCCGAAGGUGCUCAGCUGACAUCCGUCGAUGGGGAAACUACCUCGCAUCUGAUGGGAACGUUUUACCGUACGAUUCGUUUGCUGGAAAACGGAAUCAAGCCGGUGUAUGUGUUUGACGGUAAGCCUCCAGAUCUAAAAUCUGGUGAAUUGAGCAAGCGUGCCGAAAAACGCGAAGAGGCUCAAAAGGCUUUGGACAAAGCCACGGAAGCAGGCGUUACCGAAGACAUCGAUAAAUUCAAUCGUCGUUUGGUGAAGGUUACGAAGCAGCAUUCAAAUGAAGCUAAAGAGCUGUUGAAGCUGAUGGGGGUUCCUUAUGUAGAUGCUCCUUGUGAAGCUGAAGCCCAGUGUGCCGCCCUAGUGAAGGGAGGAAAGGUUUAUGCCACAGCCACGGAGGAUAUGGAUGCUUUGACUUUCGGAUCUAACAUUUUGCUGCGACAUUUAACAUUCAGCGAAGCUCGGAAGAUGCCCGUACAGAAGUUUAACUAUGACAAAAUCCUCCAGGGGCUGGAGCUGACUCGUGACGAAUUCAUCGACCUUUGCAUUCUGCUGGGAUGCGAUUAUUGCGAUAGCAUUCGCGGAAUCGGCCCAAAAAAGGCCGUUGAACUUAUCAAUAAGCAUCGGUCGAUUGAGAAAAUUCUCGAAAACCUCGAUACCAAAAAGUACAUCGUACCGGAAAAUUGGAACUACCAGCAAGCUCGCGGGCUUUUCAAGGAACCGGAAGUUGCCAACCCUGAAGAGGUGGAACUCAAGUGGGGCGAACCGGACGAGGAAGGACUGGUCAAGUUCCUUUGCGGCGAUCGUCAGUUCAACGAAGACCGCAUCCGAGCUGGUGCCAAAAAGAUUUUGAAAACCAAAUCGACCGCAACCCAGGGAAGACUGGACUCGUUCUUCAAGGUGCUUCCGUCUACGCCGAAUCCCAAGCGGAAAAUCGACGACAAGAAAACGCCGGCGUCGAAGAAAGCGAAGACAACCGGAGGCAAGCCGGGUCGUAAGCCGAAAUAAAGAUCUGGAUGUUUCUUUUCUCGUUAAGUUAAUUGCACAGUUUUGUCAUUUUACAUCAAUAAACAUAUACUAAUGUA